AUGUCGACCAUCGGUGUGACCAUUGAUGCAUACGCGAUCCUGGGAGUCGAGCGAAAUGCCCGAAUCCAGGACAUCAACCUUGCCUACAAGCGGCUCGCCUUGAAGCUUCACCCAGACAAGGCUGGAAACACCGUUGCGACUGUUGAACGAUUCAGAAAAAUUCAAGAUGCUGUUGAACUUCUCCGUGACAAAGACCGUAGGUACUUACUUGACGAGGCCCUGAAAAGCAAGACCAAAAGACACCUAGAUCCCGAGGAUGACAUACCACCUUGGUCCUACAGGGGCAAUCACUAUCGGUCGUCAAAACGAGAACGCCACGGAUAUGAUUUCGACUACUGGCCGGGCCAAUUUACCGAGUCACCAUAUGAAUACAAGUCAAUGAAUCAACGCCAGUACAGCCCCAGCUACUACUACAGUUAUGGAACAAGUGUACACAUGGACCCAAAUUCGGCCGAAUCCAAGGCAAAACUUGCACAAUUCCAGGAAGAGAAUACCAAAUGGGAGAACGAAUGGGCUGGCAUUGAUCCAGAAGUGCAGAAGGCACGGGCAGAGCGUCGCAAGGCAAACAUGCAGGCUCGAAUGAAGCGUGAUCCAGGAGAUAUUGUGGUAGAGCAAGAUCAUAAUGUCGAAGGAGUCUUGGACGACCUUGACUUUGGCCAUCAGUUCAAUCAUUUCGCGGAUGUCCUGCCCGAAGAGGAUAUCAAGACCUGCAACCCUGCAGACACAUUCGAUGCAUUUGCCUACGAAUACGCCAAGGCGUCCGGCUCCUCUCCAAAUUACUCUGACUCUCCAACUUCCUAUGGUAGUACUUCAAGUCCUAAGUCUGCUGCGAGCAACGAUUCAUCCGUCGACUUCUCAACAAGUUGCUACUCUACCAACCACACUCAUUCACCAGACGGGCACUGGAAUUGUAGGUCCACUGCUGAUGAUUCAAAUGUCAACUUUCCCACCUACACUCAUUCAGCUGACGAGCACUCGUCUAUCAACGCCACCGCCGAUGAUUCUGAAUCUACCACUAACAGUUCCACGUCUGAUGCUGACAAAUUGAUCAACUCCUACUUGGUGGGCCAUGAUUCAUUGCGCCCUCUAGUCUCAUUUCUCAAACAGAAGCUUGCCGACCCCCAUGGACGAUAUACCAUUGAUGACCUCGGUGGUGAGCUUAACGGCCUUAUGUUGGAGACCUAUUGUGGCUGGUUGGAAAAUGUUCGUCUUUCAGUCCCUACGGCAUCGCCUAUGAAAGUUCGGAAUGAUCCCAAGGUUUGCUCCCACCUCGGAUACUGGUACAAGGAGUUCUGCCGUCCCGUUUGCAAAGUUUGCAACAUGUGGUUGCCUACAUACAUCCUCACCUGUCCUGGUUGCGGUAUGAUGGCUUGCGUCCGAUGUAAAUUCUCAGGUCAUGUCCCUCACCUCGGAUCUGGUUUGCAGGAGCAGUGA